AUGCGGCAAGCAGUUGGCGCUGCUGCUUCAGGGCAAGCGGACGACACCCAGGCCGCCCGCUUCCUCUACCUCUUCUGCUGCACAGCCGAGGGGUGCGGCAAACUGCCUGACUGCUGGCGGGCGCUGAGGGUGGUGGUCCCAGACAGCAAGCCUGCGGGAAGCAGCGGCAGCCCGGCGCUACCACCCACGCAGCAGGAGCCACCUGCAGCCGCCGCAGCAGCACAGGCGCCUGCGGCGGCGGCGGACAACUGGGGCGUCGGCGCGACGGAUGACUGGGGAGUGGGCGACAGCAGCGACUGGGGUGACGGUGGCGAGGCACCCGGUGCCCCAGCUGCAGCCUUCGACUUUGGGGAUCUGAAUGCAGCACUGGACGCGAUGGGCAGCGCACCGGCAGCAGCCAAGGCACCCGCGCCCAACAAGCAGGCACGCGCGACGGGGCAGGCUCUCAGUGGCAGCAGGGCGGCGCCCGUGUAUGACGCUGCCCGCCCCUGCCUGCCCGCCUUCUACCUCUAUGCCCAGCCAGAGUCGCAGUGCACCGCCCGCAGCGGCUGCGGCAGCAGCAGCAGCAGCAGCAAGCAGUCUCACGCGGAUCAGGAGCACCUGCGGCAGCUGGCGGCCCGCUACGAGCAGGAAGAGGCGGCGGCACUCAGCGCCGCCGCUGCUGGCAAUGGCGCUUCCUCGGCGGCGGCGUGCGCGCCUAGCGUGGAGGGCGGGCCCGAGUCGUGGGGAGGGGAGGGGUAUGAGGAGGACACCGUGCUUGCGCUGCCCGGCGGCAAGCGCGCGCGUGUCGGCGCCGCCUUUUUCAAGUUCACCAAGCAGCUGGCGCGCUGCCCCGACCAGUGUGCACGGUACAGCUUUGGCGGCCGCCCGCUGUGGCCCGGCAGCCAGGGCCCUCCCGCUCCCGAGCCUUGCGGCGCGUGCGGCGGACCGCGGACGUUUGAGGUGCAGCUCAUGACCCCCGUCAUCCCCGCCCUGGCGGAAUCGGCAGAGUGGCUGAGGGCAGGGGGUGCGGCGGCAUCGGCGGCGCUGCUGCAGCCCGCCGACAGCUGGGAGUGGCUGACGGUGUGCAUCAACACGUGCCGCGCCAGCUGCUGCGCGUCUGCUGGCAGCCCGCAUCUGGUUGCGGAGGAGGUUGUGCUGGUGAAUGAGGAGUGA